AUGGCAUCAUUCCUAAACAGAGUGAAGCAUUACUUCUCACAGGGAAGACUUGCUGUUGGUUCAGAGGUGUUCUUUGACACUAACUACCGUUAUCCUGCACCAGGAUCACAGACACCACCAGAUGUUACAAACAAACAACCAUUGAAGACUAGACCAAUGAGCAAGGUGUACAAGUAUUUGAAGAAGAGAGGAGAGGUCCAACAUAUGAGACCAGCACAGGCAUUUGCUGAUGCAACUGAUGCCGAGGAGCAGUACGCCAAGGAGUACUACGAGAAGGAGCCCUACCCAGUCAGCAAAACACACAUUCUCAACACUGCCCAGCUGUUCAAGGCUGUCAACGCCGACUAUGGCUUUGACAUUCGCAACAUCAACAACUUCACCAAGCACCAGAACAAGAUCGAGAUCCCAGGCGGUCUCUCUGCUGAUCACAUGGUCUUCACCUAUCAAGAGUACCACAUCGACACUUUCGAGCAUCUUCCAAAGAAGGUCGAGUCCUCUUUCUAA